CCUGUAAAGUAGUCACACGGGUGGUACACUCGGGUAAUAUGGCGGCCACGGCCGAUGGGAAGAAACUGGUACGUAGUCCGAGUGGACUUCGCAUGGUGCCGGUAAACGGGGCGUUCAAUAGCCCUUUCUCGCUCGAUGAACCUCAGUGGGUUCCAGAUAAAGAGUGUCCCAGGUGUAUGCAGUGUGAAGCAAAAUUUGACUUUCUUACCAGAAAACAUCACUGUAGGAGAUGUGGAAAAUGCUUCUGUGACAAAUGUUGCAGUAAAAAAGUACCUCUUCCACGAAUGUACUUCAUAGAUCCAGUUCGGCAUUGUGCUGAAUGUGCUCUGAUCUCCCAGAAGGAGUAUGAGUUUUUUGACAAACAGAUCAAGGUGCUGAUAAAUGGAGCUACAUUCCUUGUAACUUUGGGUUCCUUGGAGAAAGGUGAAACAAUGGAUUGUCGACUAUCAAACAACCACAGGUACCUGUAUCUGGAUGGAGAAAAUCAUGUUGAAAUUGAGGUUCCACGAAUUAUAAGAGUUCAAGUGCUUACUGAAGGUUUUACUCCUGGAGAGAAAGAUAUUCACACUUACACCAGCCUACUGGAGAAUCCGUACAUUACAGAAGGAGGUAAUACACAUGCCACAGGGAUGCUGGUCCAGUACAAAACCUUGGGUUCCCAGGAACCAAAACAGCUUAAGUUGAGUGCAUCUGAUGACCUCAGUAGUAACAAGAAAGUGUCUGUUGGUUGGUUGGCUGCUAUGCAUAAGGCUGCCAAGCUUCUGUAUGAAUCAAGAGACCAAUAACCAUUUUGAAGUUUCUGGAAAGAUUGAAUGUCACACUGAAGACGAGUGGCAAGAAACAACAUUUUAGCCAGUUUUUUGUUUGCUCACUGCAUUGAUGUACAGUGAGCUUUUCUUAUUACUUUUUUGUAUUAAAGUAAUUUUCUGAAAACACUUAGAAUGCAACAAAUGAUAGAUAUUUUUUUGGUGCAUUGAAGUAUUCUCGAAGUAUAGUGCAAUAUGUAGAAUUUACAAUGUCUUAAAUGUAACUUUCACAGUUAAAUUGAACUUUGCUAAGUAUUUUUGUUAAAUCUUCGUAUUUUUAUCACUAACUGAAAGCUGCGGUGUAAACUGCUAAAAUAAAACACCAUUUUUGUUACAGAAUGCAGUUCUGAUGUAGAUUACUUUAUUUUAUUACAUUAUCAAUAAGUAUAUAAAUUUAUAAAAUUUGAUUAAGUAGAAAAUAACUACAAUUUGCAUUUAGCUUCAGAAAAGCUUACACUGCAGCUCUGUACUCUGCAGGUGAUUUGUCUUUCGUGAUUAAGGGAAAGAAAAUGUUUACAUUUUGAUUUUGUUUGGCAGGAAAUGCUAAAAUCAAUAAAAAUUACUUUGUUCCAGUUCAGAAAUGCAGUGUUGCUUAUCUUUUCCCUCAAAAAAUGAAAUUUUCAUUGGUAUACCAAAGGAAGUAACUUUGUAUAUAGUUAAUACGUUACAUAACUGUCCUUGUGCUCAUGCUGCAAUUAUGUUACUAAGUAGGGAACAAUUUCAUAGUUUUAUUUGAUAAUCAGUGAUUAUAUUUGGAUGCAGUAUGAAAACAUCCAUAAUACCUAUCCACAAUGUGUUUUAAUCAAACCAAGUUACUGCAGCUUGAUUUUAAAAAUAAAAACUGUUCAUGCAGAAAUAGCCUAGACCCUUGAUUCAGUGAAUCACCAAUAAAUGCAAAGGAAGCGAUGUUAGAUAACUCAAUGACAAAUUUGGAAAACUGAGACUGAUGCACAAACCAAUCUUAGUGACUUUUCUGUUAGCAUGUAAUAAUUCCAAAAAUAUUUACAAUGCAGUUUGAUUUGAGAAAGGGAGCAUUCCAAGCUAUGCAGGUUAGUUUUCUGGACCAAAUGGCUGUAAAACUUCUGGUUGUGUAGAGAAUUGAUCUUAAUUGAACGUCUGCACUGUCAGUUCCUGUAUUUGUGGAUAUCUUGGAUCAAUGUAACUAUUUGAACAGCUUCUGUAUAAAAUUUAUUCAUACUCAAUAAAACUUAAACAAUA